AAAUCCACCGCCCUGCCAGAGUCAGUCGAAACUGUGCCUGGUUGACGAAGCGAAACCCUCGUUUCCGAGGCUCCAUGGGACCAUGAGAACACGCGAAAAGCAGCCAUUCCUUGCGCCGUGGGAGUGAGCCAGCAAGCUAAGGAGGGAAGGAACACUCGAGGAAGAAAGCUGAAGGGAGCUCAAAAACUGGCUACUAAUUGUGUAAGAACGAUAUGUCACAACGCGAGAUCUAAAGGAGCACACCGUUCGACGAAGCAUAGUCGCUACCACGCGGAUCAGACCCAGAUUUGACAAAUUUCCCUUAUGUUUUGUUUUUAAAUAAUAGACGCCGGAUGAAGUGACAGAGCGAGUCCGAGCGUCUCUUGCUCAAGAUGCUGACGAGACAUCCAUGAUGAAGCAGAGACAUCAUGCCUCCUGAUCUAAUGCACACCCACGCCUUUCUCCAAGAAAAGCCUGAGAAGAAAAUAAGAGUGGAGGAGAUGCGACCCUCUGCCCCUGUGGACCUCAACGCCCCUGUUGACCUUCACGGAUGGCAGGCACCUGACAAAGCACCUGAAGAAUCACCUGGCGCGUCUGGUGCCAUUUUACGCCUCCAAGAUUCGGUACCUUCAGCCACGCUUCGCUCUGUUGGGCUGAGGAUAGGAGAGGCAGGACGAGGGGGGAGAGCGAAAGGGAUUGGAGGGGCAAGUGAGAGGACACUAGGAGAGGAGAGCGAGGAGGGAGAGGAGGGAGAGGAGGGAGGGGAAGGAGAGGAGGGAGAGGAGGGGACGGGGGGACAGGAGGCAGAGGAGGGAAGAGAUGGAGGGGAGGUAGGACAGGUGAGUAGAGUGUUUGGGGGUACAGCAGAAAUAGGAGGCAUGGGAGCGUUCUUGAGAGGAGACAACAGAGAUGCCAUUGUGGGGCAUGGUGUUGGUGUUGGUGCUGGUGCUGGUGCGGUGGAGGGGAGAAUGAGCGGUGAAAGCCAUGAUGAGAGGCGUGAAAGGGACGAGAGAGGAAGCAGGAAGAAUCCACUGAGGGUUGGCAGGGAGAGUGGUGGGGAAAACACAGAAGAGCACCAGCAGGGCAAGCAGGAGCAGCAUGAGCAGCAGGAGAAAUCGUCAGCGCUUCGGAGCCCCCGUUCCUUCCUUGCCUCCUUGUCCGCCUCAGCAGGGUUCCGUGCCAGCAAGGAGAGGAGCAAGGAGGGGAGUAGGGAGGGGAGCAGGGAGGGGAGUAGUGAGGGGAGCGGCAGGGAUGGGGGCAGAGAAGUGGCGGGGCGGGAAGGGGAAUGGAGGCAUGCAGGACUGAGGCUAGCGCCUUCUGUUGGAGCAGGUGGAUCUUCAGGUGCUUCUGGCGAUGCUUCUGGGAGACAGCAACAGCAGAGGAUGGAGGAGGGGCAAGAGGAGCGGCGCGAGGAAGAGGAGCAGAGGCAGCGGCAGCAGAGGGGGGAAGAGGAGCGGAGGCAGCGGCAGCAGAGGGGGGAAGAGGAGCAGAGGCAGCGGCAGCUGAGGGAGGGAGGAGGCGAGCAGUGGCAGGAGAAGGAGGAGCCGAGGGAGAGGCGUGGGCGGGUAUGGGGGACAGGUAAGGAAGAUAUGGGUCUGGCGGCAGGGAGAGGAGAGGCCGGUCUUGGUGAGGGAAUGGAUGCGAAGGUGGGCUUUCGUGGGCGGGAGGAGCACGUUGGGAGGGGGGAGCAUGUUGGGCGGGAGGGGCAUGUUGGGCGGGAGCGAGAGCAAGUGCGGAAGAGACCACGGGUGGAGAGGUCAACGCCGCCGCAGUACGAGCAGCAACACGUGCGUGACUGGGAGGAGAGCGCAAAGCAGCAGCAGCAGCAGCAGCAGCAGCAGUUGAGCCUGGCGAGCUUGGGCAUAGAAGAGCGGAGGGAACAGCAAAUGAAGUGGCAGGAGCGGGGUACCCAGAGCCCCCUGAAAGCCAAUGCUCAACACACGCCUAGUCACGUCCCACCCACUCCGUUAUCCCCUAUGGCGUGUGGCUUGCUAUCCCCCAUAAGACACAACCCGUUAGCACCCACAACUGACAGUGUUGUGGCUCCGAUAACACAUGGUCCCAUAACGCAUAUUCCCAUAAGCCAUACUCCCAUAAGCCAUACUCCCAUUAGCCAUACUCCCAUAACACAUACUCACCUACCCACCCGUGUACAGUCCGUGAAAGGAGAGCCCGUGGACGGAGUUGGACAGCUUAGUAGCCUCUCACUCGCGUCUGAAUCUCCUUUGCCACCGGCACAACCACCAGCAGCAGCAGAGGCAGACGCAGCAGCAGCACGUGUGGCCAGAAGCAUACAGUUCCUUCAUUCUUUGAGCCGCAUUCCAGGCAGGCUAGAUGCCACUGGGGCAGGGGGGGGGGCGGGGGCAGGGGAAGGGGCCGCGGCAGCAGCAGGACCAGGACCAGGCGCAGGGGCAGGGGCAGGGGUGGCGGCAGGGGCAGGGGCAGCGGCAGGGGCAGGGGUGGGUCCGGUGAUUUCAGAGUUGACUCAGCGGGCAAAGCAGCAGUGUCAAGCCCCUAGCCCACUGGGGCAGAGCGGAGGCGCGAGCCCUCCUGCGGGGGGGGAAGGCGCGAGCCCCGUGGCGCAGAGUGAAGCCGCCCGCCCGCUGGCACAGAGUCAGGGCGCCAGCCCUCAGGCGCAGAUGGACCUGAUGCUCAACGCCAGCUGGCACAGGCGGCACAGCGGGGAGGCACGGGGGGACCCGGUGGAGUUCGAGUUCAGGAUGGGGGCCCCGGGCGGUGACUCCGGGGAGGGCUCGUACGGGCAGAGAAUGGCAGAUGGCCAGAUGCAGAGAACGGGAGACGGCCAGAUGCAGAGAACGGGAGACGGCCAGAUGCAGAGAACGGGAGACGGCCAGAUGCAGAGAACGGGAGACGGCCAGAUGCAGAGAACAGGAGACGGUGGUGAGGGGAGAACAGCAACAGCAGUCAACACCUUUGGCCUGGGUGAUACUGCUGGGGUGGGUGGUAGAGGCUGGCUGGGCGAGGGAGCAACGGAGGUGCUUGAUUGGAGGGAUCCGUGGGGAGUGGGAGCGGGAAGGGGGAAAGAUAAGGGGGAGGGGGAGAGGUCGGGGGGUGAUGGGGGAACAGAAGUGAAGCUGGGGAUUGAUUUGGGGAAGGGGGGGCGGUGGGGGCUAGAUGGGGAUGAGGGGGGGAAGGGGGAGAGGUGGGGGCUUGAUGUGGGUGAGGGGGCAAAUCCUCUGCUUGCAAGCCACGUGGCACGUUUGAACAGUGUGGCAAGUAGGAGACGUGGCAAGCUGGUAUUGGAUGAGAGCCUCGCUCUGACUCUGGGUGGGAGUUUCUCGGAAGGACAGGGAAGCUUCCUGGAAGGGAAAGAGAGGUUAGUAGAAGGGGGGAAGAGCUCAGUCCCAGGAGACAGAGGCAGAGCGACUGAAACCGACGCUCUUGCUCCUGCUCCUGCUGCUGCUGCCACUGCUGCUUACAGUUUGGUUGCAAGCCCCCAUACGUCUGCUGUAGCUUUUCCUGCUGCUGCUGCCUCCACUGCCUCGCCUGCUCCUGCUGCUGCUGCUGCUCUCGGUGCUCCUGCUGCUCCUGCAGGCGUUGUUGCAUCAGCAGCAGCGGGAGGCUCGGACAUACUCCCCACCUUGGAGCAGUUUCUGGGGCACUUAAGACGGAGUAUGGGCGACGCACAGCUCCUGGAGCACCUCACACGCAGUGUGAAUGCCAACCAAAGCAGCUUGAGUGCGCAUCCCAGCUGCUUGAGUGCGCAUCCCAGCAGCUUGAGUGCGCAUCCCAGCAGCUUGAGUGCGCAUCCCAGCAGCUUGAAUGCGCAUCCCAGCAGCUUGAAUGCGCAUCCCAGCAGCUUAAAUGCAAGCCAGCAGCAGGAUAGACCAGAGGCAGGAUCAGCAGACAGGGUCCUUCACACCGCACUCCCACCCGCCUUUGUCCCACACUCCACUUUCCAAACCCCCCUCACUUCCUCAUCCCCUUUAUCAGCAGCCUCGUUAAGAGCUCCCCUCGAGCCAUACCCCGCUCUGCCACUAUCAUCCUCUUCCUCAGCAGCCUCGGGAGCUGCAGCCUCCGGAGUUGCAGCCUCGGGAGCUGCCCUUGCUUUGCUAAGUGCCAGCUUGGCCCACCGAGCCUGUCUUGCCUCGCUCUUCCCACCACCACGCCCAGCACCAGCGCCAGCGCCAGCGCCAGCACCAGCGCCAGCACCAGCACCAGCGCCAGCACCGGCACCAGCACCAGCUCCAGCACCAGCGCCAGCUCUCCCACCCCCACCGUCCACUCUCCCCACCCUCCCAGCUUCCACGGCCUUUGCUGCCCCGGCUCCCUUCCCUCUCUUCUCUCGUCCCUUUUCAGCCCCCACUCAAUCAUUCCUCCCACAGCACCCCUUUUCUUUCGUCCCUUCGUCCCCUUCACACUCUUUGGGCCUUGCCUCACUCGGCAAUCCUGCUGCUGCGGCUGCUGCUGCUGCUGCUGCGGGCGUUUCAGGUCGUGAGGUGGCUCCGACCCUUGGGCCCACUCUCAGCCUUGACAAUCUUGGUUCUCCUGGUGCUAGUGGUGCUGUUGCUGCGUCUGCAUAUGCUGGUGGUGGUAAGAGCGACAGUACGUUCGCCCGUCCGCUGUUCCUCUCUGACGUUGGGCAGGCGCAAGGAGAGGGGAGCGUGAGAGGAGGAGCGGAUCAGCUGGGUGGAGGUGCAGGAAGAGAAGGGGUGGGGGGGAGAGAUACAAGGGUUGGAGAAUCAGCCCUAAGGGGAGGAGUGGGAGGAGGAGGAGGAGGAGGAGGAGGAGGAGGAGGAGGAGGAGGAGGAGGAGGAGGAGGAGGAGGAGGAGGAGGAGGAGGAGGAGGAGGAGGAGGAGGAGGAGGAGGAGGAGGAGGGGAGGAGGAGGAGGAGGAGGAGGGAGGGGGGGGGGAGGAGGAGGAGGAGGAGGAGGAGGAGGAGGAGGAGGAGGAGGGGGAAGAGGAGGAGGAGGGGGGGGAGAGGGAGGAGGAGGAGGGGGAGGAGGGGGAGAGGGAGGGGUUGGAGCAGGUAGCUGCGGCAGUGGUGAUGGUGGCGGGGGAAGCAGCAGUGGGGGCGGCAGCAGCGGCAGAUGGAGGGAGGGGAAGGGAGGCGAGGAUAGGAGGUGGGGCAUGGAGGUGCGACUUGAUGAUGCCACGCUGCUGGCUCUGGGGCUGGGAGAUAUGAUCCGGGUGGCACCGGUGGGGCUGGGAGAUAUGAUCCGGGGGGCACCGGUGGGGCUGGGAGAUAUGAUCCGGGUGGCACCGGUAGGGCUGGGAGAUAUGAUCCGGUCGGCUGGACAGGCAGGAGCAGCGGCAACGGUGUCAGCAUUGGGGCUUGUGUCAAAUCAAGCAUUGCAAUCAGCAGCAGCAGCACCAGCAGCACCACCAGCAGGUGCAGGAUCUUCAGCAGCAGCAGCAGCAUCACGGGCACUGGCAUCAGCAAGCGCUGCUGCCACUGCCAGUGCGACUGGGCGAAGCCACGGAAGGGCAGGAGUGAGGGGCAGAGGGGCAGGGCGAGUCAAAGGGGGGGCAGGAGGAACAACAGGGGGAGCAGCACGAGGAGCAAGGGAAGGACGAGCAGGGGCAGCAGGGGGACAGGUCGGAGUGGGAGCAGCAGCAGGAGGAGGAGAAGGAGGGGGUGAAGGUGCAGCAGGGGUGGGAGCGAGCGGGCAGGGGGGCGGCAGGAGGUGCAGCAGGACGGACGGCAAGGGGUGGGUAUGCAAGCGGCUGGCACGCGAGGGCUUCCUGCUGUGCCAGCACCACAUCGCCGUCGCCAGCCAGUCCUCCUCCGCACCUAAAGGGGGCGGGGGGAGGCGCAACAGACUCAAGCAAGGGAAUCAACAGAAGACCAGCCUGCUUGGGGCGGAUGCUGCUGCUGCUGCUGGUUCUGCUGCUGCCGGGUCUGGUGUUGGCGGUGCUGCUGGUGGUGGUGGUGGUAGUAUGGCUGGAGAAAUGGACGGAGCUACUUCCCCCACUGUAAGAUCGGUGCAACACAGUGCUUCCGCUUGUAACAGCGGGGAAUAUAACAGCAGCCCCUGCAAUGGCGCGGUUCCCUCUGAGAGAGGCGAGGGCGGCCGUGUGAUAAGAAACAUCAACAACAUCAGCAUCAACAUCAACAUGAACCUGAGCAGCCAGUUUGAGGAGCAACAGCACAAGUAGCGCACACAUGGAGAAGUAGCCAAUAGCAGCGAGGGCGAAAAUGUGAUCAGGAAUUUUUUAAACAUCAACAUCAACAUGAACCUCAGCAGCCAGUCUGAGGAGCAGCGGCGCAAGUAGUGCACUGGGAUUCCCCAGUCUGGGAAGCUUCGAUUCGACUUGAAAUUCACCCUGUUUGAUGAGCGGCACAUGUAACGCACUGGGAGAGUGACGUAAAUAUUAGAUAAGAGAAGUUGCUUCGGUGCCGCUUUGGAAGAAAGGAGCUGAAGCAGGCUGAAAUUGUGGUUGUUAACAUAUUAUCAAAGUUAGAAACUAGAAUGAGGCAAACAGGUUGGUUUUGUCCAAGGGGUUGUACCCUCUAAGAGUAUGCACCUAUC